AUGUUGUCUCGGAUCGCGCCUGCAACGAAACGCUCUGUUCAACAGGCUGUCAAGCCCGUUGUGCAGACACGCUUUGCUUCCACCAAGCCUGCUGUCACUCAAAACCCAAAGCAGGUUGCAGCUGUCACAGCUGGUAUUGUAGGUGCCACUGGUCUUGCGUACAUGUAUGUCGAUAGCGAUAUCUCUGCCAACAUGGCCGAUGAAGGUCUUCAUCCUCCAUCCUAUCCUUGGCCACACAGUGGUCCUUUGAGCACCUAUGAUCACGCAUCCAUUCGUCGUGGUUAUCAAGUUUAUCGAGAAGUGUGCUCCGCUUGCCAUUCCCUUGAUCGCAUUGCUUGGAGAAACUUGAUUGGCGUCUCUCACACUGAAGAAGAGGUCAAGGCCAUGGCUGAAGAAGUUGAAUAUGAAGAUGGUCCUGAUGAGAAUGGCGAGAUGUUUAUGCGUCCUGGCAAGCCUUCCGAUUAUAUGCCCAAACCUUAUCCCAACGAGGAAGCUGCUCGUGCUGGUAAUGCUGGUUCUUUGCCCCCAGAUCUUUCUUUGAUCACAAAGGCUCGUCAUGGUGGUGAGGACUACGUCUUUUCGAUUUUGACGGGUUAUAUGGAUCCUCCUGGCGGUGUCGAAGUCCGUGAAGGCAUGAACUACAACCCUUACUUCCCUGGUGGUGCUAUUGCCAUGGCUCGUGUCUUGUUUGACGAAGUUGUUGAAUAUGAAGAUGGUACACCCGCCACUACCUCACAGAUGGCCAAGGAUGUUUCCACCUUUUUGGCAUGGGCUGCUGAACCUGAGCAUGAUGAACGUAAAAAGAUGGGUAUGAAGGCAACGAUCAUUCUCUCCGGUCUUACUUUGUUGUCGCUUUGGUUGAAGCGCUUCAAAUGGUCCCCCAUCAAGACGAGAAAGAUUGUGUACAAGUAA